UCGAGCGUGGCCAGAGGCCGUUGGCGUGCGGGUGGGAUUAGUUUGCAAUCCUCAGGGCCUCGGCGAUUGCAUUGCUGCCGCCAGAAAUAAGAUUUAUCUCCAUUGUCACUUCCGGCUCCCCUCCACCACUCACCAACACCAAUUCCCCAACAAGUCGUCCACUGCACUUUUGUCGCCUUCUUCGCUCUUCUUGCGCAAGCAAUCCAUCCAACACUCCCGUGCAAGCUUUUCACUACCUCGCGCCCCGUCGCAACCUGCACUUGAUACUACCACCCGCAACCCCCGCAUCACCUCAUCACAAAAUGAACGCAACAAGGGCUCUCGCUCAUCGCCAGCCCAUGAUCCGCUUUCUGGGAAAGCGCAGCACCCCUCAGAAGGUUGACCACACCCCGCACGUCCACCCUGCCUCUCCCAUGAGCGAGCUUCCCUCAUCUUUCAAAUCCUACCGACAGAAGGCACAACAGCACGGCCCGCUCAACCACAUUCCCAGCGCCUUUGUUGGCGGCCACAUUGGCGGUGCAUCUGGCAGGGACCUUGGCCCCAUUGAGGCAGGAAAGGGCUUGUACUUCGAUCGCUCUGAGCUGCCUGCACGCUUCCAGAACCUGUCAUGGACACAGGCUGAGAUGGAACUGCUCGAGUCCGGUGGUGCCAGCGCGUUUGCUUAAAUCCAGAAAGCAU